AUGGCGACCGAAAACAUCUUGGGAACCGGUGAGUUAUGGAGAAAUGGGCCCGCUCCGGGUUCCUUAUAUCAGUUUCCCGGGAAUAGAUCAUCCCAGACGAGCUCACAGAUUGGACCAGCAAAGCGUACUAUGGCUCCAACAGUAACUGGUACCUCUGUGCUGGGCCUGAAGUUUAAUGGUGGUGUGAUGAUUGCAGCAGAUAUGCUCGGGUCAUAUGGUUCACUGGCCCGUUACAGGAAUCUCUCUCGUCUACUGAAGGUGAACAAUAGUACAGUAAUUGGUUGUGGAGGAGACUACGCUGACUUUCAGUUCCUCAAGUCUGCUAUUAAUCAAAGAGUUAUAGAUGAGGAGUGCUGGAAUGAUGGUUUCCAGUACACACCAAAAUCUCUAUUCUCUUGGAUGACCAGGUUCAUGUACAAUCGACGAUCAAACUUUGAUCCUCUAUGGAACACAUAUGUAGUUAGUGGAAUACAGGACGGUGAACCAUUCUUGGGGUAUGUAGACAAGAUCGGUGUGGCCUAUGAAGCUCCCACAGUGUCAUCUGGCUACGGUUCCUACAUUGCUCAGCCCUUACUGAGGGAUGCCUAUGAUAAGAACCCCAACAUGACGAUGGCCGAGGCUGAACACCAGAUUGAGAGGUGUAUGAAGGUCCUGUAUUACAGAGAUGCUCGCUCACUAAAUAAGUAUGAGGUAGCUGUUGUAACUAAGGAUGGAGCCAUGAUCAGAUCUAAUGUAGAAGCCAACGCCAACUGGGAGAUCGCUCAUCUUAUCAAGGGUUAUGAAUGAUGAUAACAUUUACUUUAUGGAAGAAUUGUGUGCAAAAUAGUGAAGGAAGGACCAAGACGUUUCUCAGUUCUAGUUUCAACCUGGAUUCCUUGAGGAUCCUGAAUCUUCAAUAUGUUUACUUUGUGAUGAUAAGAUAAUUUGAUCAAUCAGUCCAAAGACAGUUUUUCCAUCUACAGACACAAGUGCUAAAUUUGACAGAUGAUUGAAUGUUUAUGAGAGUAUGUAUUUCAUGAAAAAUAUAAAAAAUCAACGUUUUAUAUCAUACGAAAGGAGAAUGUUAGUGAGAGGAUGUGCUGUUGUAAUAAAAUUGUAAAAUCAUA